CCAGCCCGCGCAUUCCCGCCACAAUGACGACCGCACCCAUCAAGGAGGCUGAACAUGAGCUCAUUUCGACUGCACUGGAGGUGGAACAGAUUGAUGUGAACCUGUACCGCUCAAAGUCCCUCUGGAUGCCUGCGUAUGCGCGGGGUGUCUUCGGCGGUCAGGUCAUCUCCCAGGCGCUCGUGUCUGCCACGAACUCCGUCGAUCCUGCCUUCGGCCUACACUCCCUACACUGCUACUUCCUCACCAGCGCCUCCCCCGCUACCCCCGUUCUCUACACUGUUGAGCGCGUCCGGCAAGGCCGCUCCUAUGUCACCCGCGUCGUGAAGGCUUCGCAGAAGGGACAUAUCGUCUUCGUCAUGAUGUGCUCGUUCCAGAAACCCGAGCCGUGGCAGCCGCAGUACCAAUGGACCAUGCCGGAGGUACCGCCGCCUGAGCAGUGCGUGCUCGAGGAGGAGCGCUAUCGCCAGAGGGCGAAUGACCCGGGCUUGAAUGCCAAGGCAAGAGCGUACUUGAGCGAUCUCGCGGUGGAACGCGAACAUAGCCCGAUAGCUAUCAAGAUCGCGAAGGAGCGUAUCAUGAGGGAAGACGGCUCAUCACAGUAUGCGUACUGGUUCCAAGCACGGAAUAUACCGGACUACGAGACAGCGUACCAGAAGUGCAUCCUCGGAUAUCUCUCUGACUUGAGAUUAAUUGGCACAGUCGCUCAGACUCUGGGACUGAAGGGCUAUGCGAUGGCUACCGGCGCACAGGCGCUUGGAAUGUCUUCCACCAUCGACCACUCCAUCUACUACUACAGCGACUCCCUCGACUGCGGCGACUGGCUGCUUUACGUCAUGACUGCCUCGCGUGCUGCGUCGGGUCGCGGGGUGGCGCACGGACAGCUGUACACUAGGGAUGGAACUUUGGUGGCAAUAACGGCUCAAGAAGGCGUGGUGCGCGCGGAUGUGCGGGGUCCGAAUGCGAAGUUGUAAGGGGAAUUCAGAAGUGGAACAUUUACUCACCUAGAUCUUUGGCUACUGUCCAUCUUGAAUAAUAUACCUGUAGGCUAGACAUACUCUUUAGCAACUAAGCACUUAUUUGUGACCCGCUC